AUGUUGUCGGAAAAGCUUGCCGUCUUCGAACAAAACCGCCAAGCACUUCCCGUUGGCAUUGCCCCAAAGGUUUUCUCCCAGGACUACAGGCCAGAAUCAUUACACAACAAGCCUCGAUCCAAGGACUUGACCCAUAGACUCAGUAGUGAGUCACGCCUCCGUGGAGCGUCCACGCUCAAGGCGUCUGCAAGCUCAAAAGCCGCCACCACAAUUUGCAACCUUGGGGUCGCUCGACCAGUGGCGUCCACGAUACCAUGGAGCUCCAUGACCAUGUCGCUGAAGGACUACGCUCGGAGUGGAUCAAGAGCCGACAGCGAUGCGAUGUCGUGUCUUGAUGGCGAAGAUGAUUGGGAUCUUGGCUAUGCUCUCAACUAUGGGCACUCUGCAGGUUCGCCGCAACUCCUACGAUUCAUCACUGAGCAUGUCGAUCUGGUUCAUGAACCAAAAUACGAAGACUGGGCAACUUCACUGUCCUGUGGCAAUACCAGUGCCCUCGACAUCAUUUUGCGUAUGCUGUGCGAACGAGCCGAUUGGCUGCUGACGGAAGAGUACACCUAUCCGGGUACACUCGAGAUGGUCAAGCCAAUGGGCAUCAAGCUUCUUGGCAUCGACAUGGACGAAGAGGGACUUUUACCUGAGGUCUUGGACAAAAAGCUAUCGAAUUGGGAUCAUACACUUGGCCGCAAACCCUUUGUGCUAUACAUAAUUCCUUGUGGCCAAAAUCCGACCGGCGCCACCCAGAGCCUGCAAAGACGCCAAGCGAUAUACGAUGUCGCUGAAAGGCAUGACUUGAUCAUCGUCGAAGAUGACCCUUACUUUUUUCUCAAUCUAGGUGAUCACACCUCCGCACCACCAGCCACUGCAGAAGAUUAUGUGGCUAAACUCCCCAAAUCAUAUUUGAGCCUGGACCACUCCGGACGAGUUCUGCGGUUAGACGCGACCUCCAAAAUUCUCUCUGCAGGUCUACGAGCGGGAUGGGUCACAGGCAGUGAACAGCUCAUCAAUCAAUUCAUCUACCAUACAGAGUUCUGUACAACAGCUGUGAGCGGACCGUCUCAGAUCAUGAUGUACAAGUUGCUCGAUCAAAGUUGGGGACAUCUCGGAUUCAUUGACUGGCUCCGAAAGCUCUCUUCAGGGUAUCGCAACUCUCGUGAUGCGCUGAUCGAAGCUUGCGAGCGAUGGCUGCCUUCAUGUUGCGAUUGGAACGUACCAACAUCAGGAAUGAUGGUGUGGGUUGGUGUUGAUUUGUCUCAGGCUCCUGAGAAUCUGAGAAGGCAGCCAAACAAUGUCGAAGCUACAAUACAUGCUCUGGCAGUGGCUCGAGGGUUGCAGAUGAGCAGAGGAAGCUGGUUUGCUGUGCAGCCCGCGACUCAAAGUGAAAAGCUCGGAUUCCGGUUGACGUUCGCUGCAGCGCCGAAAGAGUCAUUCGACGCUGGUAUGAAGUGCUUCCGCGAUGCCGUGCUAGACUCCCUGUCGGAAGCCGAGUCGCCAAUGAGUUCUUAG